UAUCAGCUCUCGGAGCACUCGGUCGGAAGUCAGUUGAAUCUCAACUGCUUCAGGGGCAGCAUCCUCUCGUAGGCAGCCAAGAUAUAGACUACCCUAAAUCUUAUCUCCAAGGACUCUUAGCUAGUUUGUGUUAAGUUUUUUUUUAAUUCGUUCUCUGUGUACUGUGAAUUUUUUUUAACACAAAAAGAAAAUUAGUGAUAUUUUUUCGAUAACAAUUCGUAAGCACAUGUGAAAAUUAUGUGUCUUCUAGAAACACGUUUGUGAUACAAACAAUCGGACUACAGUGAUCGUGUAAUAAUUUAAUCGUGCGUCGUUUGAUAACCCUAAACGAACCAGAAGAAAAGUUCACAAUGACCUCCAAUUGUGAGAUCACGGUCACGAGCCCACAGGAGGCCCAGACCAAGAGCAGUAUCAUCGUGGUGUCCAAUCGGUUACCGUUCGUGCUCAAACGAGACCCCAAGAGUGGUCAGCUCAGCCGCAACGCUAGCGCUGGCGGUUUGGUAACAGCGGUAGCUCCAGUCGUCAUCAAGGGCAGAGGUCUUUGGGUCGGAUGGUCUGGCAUCACGCUGUCCGAUAAGGACGAAAUCCCCGAAUCGGAUCCUUCGGAUCGCACACCUACCGCAGGACUUCUUUCGGAUCAGGUCGUAUCGGUCAAUGUAGAACCGGUGCUGUUCGACAGCUAUUACAAUGGAUGCUGUAAUGGAACCUUCUGGCCACUGUUCCAUUCGAUGCCUGGCCGGGCUACAUUCAAUGCAGAAAACUGGAGUGCAUACUACCAGGUAAAUAAGGAAUUUGCCACCAAAACCGUUGAAGCGUUAGAGAGAUGCUUGAAGCAAAAGAAGAACCCAGGUGUGCCAAUCGUGUGGAUUCACGAUUAUCAUUUGAUGCUGGCUGCAAAUUGGGUUCGCGAGGAAGCUGACGAAAAAAAUCUACCAUGCCACAUAGCGUUCUUCCUGCACAUUCCGUUCCCACCGUGGGAUAUCUUCCGCCUGUUCCCAUGGUCGGAUGAAAUUCUGCAAGGAAUGCUGGCCUGUGACAUGAUCGGUUUCCACAUUCGAGAUUAUUGCUUGAAUUUCGUAGACUGCUGCCAACGAAACCUAGGUUGCCGAGUCGACCGUAAAAACCUACUCGUUGAGCACGGAGGCAGAUCCGUACGCGUUCGACCUCUGCCUAUUGGAAUCCCCUUCGACAGAUUCGUCGAAUUGGCCAAAAAGGCGAAACGUGUGCUCAGAACCAAUCAGAAGAUCAUCCUCGGUGUAGAUCGACUGGACUACACCAAAGGAUUGGUUAAUCGCCUUAAGGCUUUCGAAGUACUUCUGGAGAAACAUCCAGAACAUCGAGAGAACGUAAGCAUGCUGCAAAUUUCGGUUCCUUCACGUACGGAUGUCAAGGAAUAUCAAGAACUAAAAGAAGAGAUGGAUCAGCUUGUUGGAAGGAUAAACGGUCGAUUCACCACGGCCAACUGGUCCCCAAUUCGGUAUAUUUAUGGCUGUGUUGGCCAGGAAGACUUGGCCGCUUUCUACCGGGAGGCUUCCGUCUGUCUCGUGACACCACUUCGCGAUGGAAUGAAUUUGGUCGCGAAGGAGUUCGUCGCCUGUCAGAUCAAUGAACCACCAGGCGUUCUGAUAGUAUCGCCUUUUGCCGGAGCAGGAGAGACCAUGCAUGAGGCUCUGCUAUGCAAUCCUUAUGAAAUCGAAUCCGCAGCAGAGGUGAUACAUCGGGCCUUGACCAUGCCCGAAGACGAACGAUCGCUACGAAUGGGUCGCAUGAGAAGGCGAGAAAUGCAACAGGACGUCAACAGCUGGAUGAGGCAGUUCCUCAAAGCCAUGGAUUCGCUGGAAGAAGAUGAAAUCGGUACAACGACGAUGCAUCCGGUCACAGUGGACGAUUUCGACGAUUACCUGCUGAAUUACGUCGGAUUCAACCACAAACUGGCCCUGCUGCUGGAUUACGAUGGUACCCUGGCCCCAAUUGCACCCCAUCCGGAUUUGGCAACCCUACCACCAGAGACCAAGAACGUACUUCAGCGAUUGUCCAAUCACUCGGACGUGUACGUUGCCGUCAUCUCCGGUCGAAACGUGGACAACGUCAAGGCCAUGGUCGGCAUCGAAGGUAUCACCUACGCUGGAAACCACGGUUUGGAGAUUCAACACCCGGAUGGAAGCAAGUUUAUCCACCCGAUGCCAAUGGAGUACGAGGGUAAAAUGACCAAACUGCUCAAGGCCUUGCAGGAAGAGGUCUGUCAUCACGGAGCAUGGGUUGAGAACAAAGGCGCUUUGCUGACAUUCCACUACCGUGAAACACCGAACGAGCUACGAGCUGAACUGGUCUCCAAGGCACGCCAAUUGAUCACGGACAAUGGAUUCAGUGUCACCGAGGCGCAUUGCGCCGUAGAGGCCAAACCUCCGGUCCAGUGGAACAAGGGUCGGGCUUCCAUCUACAUCCUCCGGACGGCGUUCGGUGUGGAUUGGAGCGAACGAAUCAAGAUCAUCUACGCGGGAGAUGACGUCACUGAUGAAGAUGCCAUGAUGGCCCUCAAAGGUAUGGCAGCCACGUUCCGCGUCACGAACGCCCAGAUAGUCAAGACCUCGGCCGAGCGGCGUUUACCCUCGACGGAUUCCGUCCUGACGAUGCUCAAGUGGGUCGAGCGGCACUUUAUGCGCCGCAAGCCCCGAUCCAACAGUCUGACCUACAAGAACCGCAAGAAGGACUGCGUCAAGAUGCAGCUGGCGUUCGAACUGGUUCCGAGUCCAAACCACAGUGCCGCCAACAGCUCCGACGAGCGGGAUUAGGCGCCACUGGCAACUCACUCGAUGAUGUUUUAGCAAAAGCAAUUUAGUGUCUUAAUCUAGGGUUAUUUAAAUAGUGCUAGGUUUUUAUAAACGCACACAAGUGAAAUAUGAUUUUGCUUUCUGUUUUACUGUUUUCGAAUGUUUCUCUUACUGUGAGAUUAUUUAAAUAAAAAGUUGAAUUUUA